AUGUCUGUCGCUCCUCCGAGUAUUACGUUUUCUACUUCUCUAGGAAUCACGUCUGCUAUUUCUUCAGGUGUCAUGUCAACUGCUCUUCCAGACACCACGUCCACUACCUCACUAGAUGUUAUAUCUGUUGCCUCUAUGAAUAUCAGGCCUGUAUCCUUAGCCUCUGUGGACACUUCUCCUUUAGUUGUUACAACUUUAAAUCUCUCACCUGAUGAAAAACGAAGUUUACUUUAUAAUUUAAAGGGUCUAUUGGAAAUUCCAAUGGAUGAUUUUGAUGAUAAUUGGUGGCCAUUGGUUUCUAAUAUUUGGACGAAAUGGGAUUCAUAUAAGCAUGCGGAUGGUGAUAUUCGGAAGGUUUUUGCCUGCCAUUUUAUGAAACACCGGGAAUCAAGUACUCGAAAAAAAGAGAAUAUUCUAAAUGAAAAACAUCGAAUAACAAAAACAAGGCCUUCUGAUCUGUGCCAUGCAAAGGUUAAAGUUUCUUGGUUAAUCACUUCAAAAGUGGUCAUCAGAACUUUAGUUGAAAAUGAGGCAAUAAAAAAUUAUUCACCUCAAGCAAUCACGGCUGCUGUCAAAGAAUAUGCAGCGACUAAGUUAGGUCUUGGUGCAAGUGUUCGUGAACUAAAUCGUAAAGAAGUAACAAACAUUAAGUAUAAGGUUCGCGGGCCUAUGGAGGCUCACCUUAUUGGAAGUUCAGAUCUGAAAUCAGAUAUUUCAGAAGCUAUAACUUAUUUAAAAAACCAGGGGUAUCUUGUAGAAAAUUAUCGUGUACCUAGCAGUCUACUAAAGAUUCAACGCACAAAACCAACCGAUAUGACUGGCGUCUGUUUACUCUUUAUAUCUGUGAUACUUUUGGAUGUUGGAAUGUGGAGGUCCGAAUCUGAAAGUGCCGCCUUUAACUAUCAUAUUAAUAAAGUGUCUGCUUAUAGUGUUGAAGACGAUAUUCUUAAGGAAAUUCACAAGUUCCCCCUUCCAUUCCAACAUCUACUUAUUAAAGAGGCCUGUGCUGUAAUAAAUAGGCUUAAAAAAGGAAAAGGUGUGCUGGGUUUGACCUCUCUUGAUUGUCACUGCUUGUUUCGCAAUCGAUAUUUGUUGCCAUGUAAGCAUAUUUUUUAUGAACACAUGUAUAGUAAUAACUUGUUGACUACUGAUAUAUGGAAAAAAUUUCAAGAAACAUUUGAAGAAAGUGAGUUUGAGGUAUAUGUAAGUCAGGAAUCAUUUGUGGAAUAUGUACAGAGUGAACAACAAAAAAGUGCUGAAAAUCGAAGAAUUGCAGUGGUUGAAUUAACUGAAAGAGUACGUGAUAGGUACUGGUGUGUUGAAGAAACGGGUAAUGUUGAAAGGGUAGAAUCUUAUAUUUCUAUGUUAGAAACUUCCUUAAAUCCAAUUAUCUUACAAUUUAAUUAA